AUGCAAUUUAUUAUUAUUAGUUGCUUCUAUUUAUUACAAGAUCUAUCUAUCUAUCUAUCUAUCUAUCUAUCUAUCUAUCUAUCUAUCUAUCUAUCUCAGUUAAGCAGGCUUGAAGAGAAAGAUACCCGAUACUACCGACCUGCAGACGCCUGGGAACCAAAUUUCACAUUUCGGGACAUUCUUUUGCUUAAACCCACUUUACUCCUCCACCCAGCCCACUUGCCCGACUCCCGUCUUUCACCGGAAGAAGGCAAGAUUUCUUCAUUGAGUAAGUACUUAGAGAAAGUAAACUCUUCAACUCUCUGUUCCUCCCGAUCCUUCUCUUUCUCUCACACUUUUUUGUUAUCUUUCUUUUUCAAGAACACGGGCGCAUAUACCGGAGAGGAUUUCGUUAACUUCUAUUAUCUAAUCACUUUCUCUCUCUCUCUCUCUCUCUCUCUCUCUCUCUCUCUCUCUUGUAUUCUCUUAGCCAAAGUGUGUGUGAGCAUGUUUACUGACGUCAAAAUUUUUUUUUUUAGGGAAUUUGUUCCCCUCUGA